AUGACCAAACCUUAUGCCAAGGCCAAAGAGAUGGCAGAGCUCGUGAGCACCCAACCCUGGGUGAGUGAAGCUUUGGGCCCCAAGGACGAGCUGAAGGCAGAGGACAACAGGCAAGGUCCUUUUGCAUUGAUGUCCACCGUGAACGAAGAGCACAACAGCAUCGAGGAGGAAGAGGAGGAAGAGGAUGAUGGGGAAAAGCCCAAGAGGAGAGGACCAAAGAAGAAGAAGAUGACCAAGGCGAGGCUGGAGCGGUUCAGGGCCCGGAGAGUGAAGGCCAAUGCCCGGGAGCGCACACGGAUGCACGGCCUCAAUGAUGCUCUGGACAACCUGAGGAGGGUGAUGCCCUGUUAUUCCAAGACCCAAAAGCUGUCCAAGAUCGAGACCCUGAGGCUGGCCAGGAAUUACAUCUGGGCUCUGUCCGAGGUGCUGGAGACAGGGCAGACUCCCGAAGGGAAGAGCUUUGUGGAGAUGCUCUGCAAGGGCUUGUCCCAGCCCACCAGUAACCUGGUGGCCGGAUGCCUGCAGCUGGGACCACAGAGCCUGUUCCUGGAGAAGCAUGAGGAGAAGGUCCCUCUGUGUGAAUCGGCCGUCUCCAGCCAUCCCUUCAGCUACCAGACCCCGGGGCUCCCAAGCCCACCCUAUGGGACCAUGGAAAGCCAUGUGCUGCAUUUAAAGCCCCCCACCUUCAAGAGCUUGGUGGAUGCUUCCUUUGGGAACCAUCCCUCUGAGUGCACCACUCCUCCCUAUGAGGGUCCUCUGACGCCACCCCUGAGCAUCAGUGGGAACUUCUCCUUGAAGCAAGAUGGGUCUCCAGACCUGGAUAAAUCCUACCCCUUCAUGGCCCACUACCCCUCGGUCAGCCUGGCCGGAGCCCAUGGACAUGCAUCCCACUUCCAAAGCACCAUGCCCCGCUACGAGAUCCCCAUAGACAUGGCUUACGAGUCCUACCCACACCACGUAGCUGCUCCCCAGCUCAAUGCCAUCUUCAAUGAGUAG